AUGGUUAUUCCUGCCAUAUCAGAGUUCAUCCAAAUUGUCAACAUUGGGGCACACUGGGUGCGCAUAAGUACCCUUGGGUGUCAGGCUGGCAUUGUUAGAAUAUUUGACAGCUUGUACAGUAAGCCGAGUUCAGUUGCAAUAGACCACGCUUGUCGCAUGCUGCACCAUCCUCAAAAUACAGUCACUUUUCUUGAUAAGAGGGUGCAAAAGCAGGUUGGCAGCAGUGACUGUGCCAUAUUUGCUUUAGCAUUUGCCACUGACUUGUGCUAUGGUCUAUAUCCAACAUCACAGAGGCACAGCCAGAAGGAGAUACAGCAACACUAUGUUACCUGUCUAAAGUCUGGGGCGAUAGUCCCUUUUCUAAAAACUGAUAAACGAGCACCAUUUCAUCUGGGCUGCAACAGCAUCUCAGUACCAAUCUUUUGCCUUUGCAGGCUCCCAAAAGAUAGGAAAGAGUAUGUGGAAUGUUUUUCGUGCCAUGGCUUGUACCAUCCUGACUGUGUCUCAAUACCAGAAUGGGCCAUCAAGUCACGGCUACAAUGGAACUGUCAAAAAUGCAGAAAUACCAUGGCAAAGAUGGGAUCAAAGAACAUUUUAGCAGGAUUUAGGGCAUUUAGCAGGAUUUAG